CGCUGUGGAACUUCACCUCUGGAGAGAAGAGCUCAGGCCUCAGGAUCGAGACAUCGGUCACACCGAAGUUGUCAGCUGCUUUCUGUGGAACGGAUGGAGGCCACACUGCAGCCUGGGCUGGAGGCCCGGGGCUGUCCCCAGGUCGCCUCGCCACACCCCGCAGAUAGCUGGGAGCUGGUACAGGAGUGUCUUCAGCAAUUCAAGGUGACAAGGACACAGCUGCAGCAGAUCCAGGCCAGCCUCCUGGGCUCCAUGGAGCAGGCGCUCAGGGGACAGGCCGGCCCGGCCCCUAGUGUUCGGAUGCUGCCCACCUACGUGGGCUCCACACCACAUGGCACUGAGCAAGGAGAUUUCUUGGUGCUGGAGCUGGGGGCCACAGGGGCCUCCCUGCGUGUCUUGUGGGUGACGCUGACGGGCACCGAAGGGCACAGAGUAGAGCCCAGAACACAGGAGUUUGCAAUCCCCCAAGAGGUGGUGCUGGGCCCUGGGCAGCAGCUCUUCGAUUUUGCUGCCCGCUGCCUGAGUGAGUUCCUGGACACGCAGCCCGUGGGCAGUCAGCGUCUACAGCUCGGCUUCAGCUUCUCUUUCCCUUGUCACCAGACUGGCCUGGACAGGAGCACCCUCAUCUCCUGGACCAAAGGUUUUCGGUGCAGUGGCGUGGAAGGGCAGGACGUGGUCCAGCUGCUGAGGGACGCCAUUCGGAGGCAGGGGGCCUACAGCAUUGAUGUGGUUGCGGUCGUGAACGACACCGUGGGUACCAUGAUGGGCUGCGAGCUGGGCGCGGGGCCGUGUGAGAUCGGGCUGAUCGUGGACACGGGCACCAACGCCUGCUACAUGGAGGAGGCGCGGCACGUGGCAGUGCUGGAUGAGGACCGGGGCCGCAGCUGCGUGAGCGUGGAGUGGGGCUCCUUCGAUGAUCACGCGGCUCUAGGCCCAGUGCUGACCACCUUUGACCUUACCCUGGACCGCGAGUCUCUGAAUCCCGGUGCCCAAAGGUUUGAGAAGAUGAUUGGGGGGUUGUACCUGGGGGAGCUGGUGCGGCUGGUGCUGCUCCAUCUGGCCCAGCGUGGCGUGCUCUUUGGCGGUUCUACCUCUCCUGCCUUACUGACCCCAGGCAGCAUCGACCUGGAGCACGUGGCUUGCAUGGAGGACCCCUCCACGGGGGCCGCCUGUGCCCAGGACAUCCUGAAGGGUUUGGGCCUGAGCCCCAAGGCCCAGGACGCGGAGCUGGUGCAGCGCGUGUGCACGGCUGUGAGCACCCGAGCCGCCCAGCUCUGCGCCGCCGCCCUGGCUGCAGUCCUGGUUCGUCUCCAGCGCAGCCGAGAACAGCAGGAGCUCCGAGUGGCGGUGGCCGUGGGAGGCCGCGUGUUCGAGCAGCACCCCAGGUUCCACAGCAUCCUCCGGGACAUGGUGGUGCUCUUGGCUCCCCAAUGUGACGUGUCCUUUGUCCCCUCUGUGGAUGGAGGGGGCCGGGGCGUCGCCAUGGUGACGGCCGUGGCUGCCCGUCUGGCUGCUCAGCGCCACCUACUGGAGGAGACGCUGGCACCCUUCCGAUUGAGCAGGGAGCAGCUGGUGGCGGUGCAGGCGCAGAUGCGGGAGGCCAUGGCCAGAGGCCUCAAGGGAGAGGCCUCUUCCCUCCGAAUGCUGUCCACGUAUGUCCGGGCCACCCCGGAUGGCAGCGAGCGAGGGGACUUCCUGGCCUUGGAUCUGGGGGGCACCAACUUCCGGGUCCUCCUGGUCCGUGUGGCCGAGGCGGGCGUCCAGAUCACCAGCCACAUCUACUCCAUCCCCGAGUGUGUGGCCCAGGGCUCGGGGCAGCAGCUGUUUGAUCACAUCGUGGACUGCAUCGUGGAUUUCCAACAGCAGCAGGGCCUGAGCGGGCGGAGCCUGCCUCUGGGCUUUACCUUCUCCUUCCCUUGCAAGCAGCUGGGCCUGGACCAGGGCGUUCUCUUGAACUGGACUAAGGGUUUCAAGGCAUCAGACUGUGAGGGCCGAGACGUCGUGUGUCUGUUGCGGGAAGCCAUUGGCCGCAGACAGGCGGUGGAGCUGAAUGUGGUCGCCAUUGUCAAUGACACAGUGGGGACCAUGAUGUCCUGCGGCUAUGAAGAUCCCCGUUGCGAGAUGGGCCUCAUUGUGGGGACGGGAACAAAUGCUUGCUAUAUGGAAGAGCUCCAGAACGUUCCAGGCGUGCCUGGGGAUCAAGGCCGCAUGUGUAUCAAUAUGGAGUGGGGUGCCUUUGGGGACGACGGUUCACUGGGCACGCUUGGCACUUGUUUUGACGAGAGCGUGGACCAGGCAUCCAUCAAUCCCGGCAAGCAGAGGUUUGAGAAGAUGAUCAGCGGGAUGUACCUAGGAGAGAUCGUCCGCCAUAUUCUCUUGCAUUUGACCAGCCUCGGAGUUCUCUUCCGGGGUCAGGUGACCCAGCGCCUUCAGACCAGAGACAUCUUCAAGACCAAGUUUCUGUCUGAGAUCGAAAGCGACAGCCUGGCCCUGCGGCAGGUCCGAGCCAUCCUGGAGGCCCUGGGCCUGCCCCUAACGUCUGACGAUGCUCUGAUGGUCCUGGAGGUGUGCCAGGCGGUGUCCCGCAGGGCUGCCCAACUCUGCGGGGCGGGGGUGGCUGCUGUGGUGGAGAAGAUCCGGGAGAACCGGGGCCUGGACGAGCUGGCCGUGUCUGUGGGGGUGGACGGGACCCUCUACAAGCUGCAUCCGCACUUCUCUAGCUUGGUGGCAGCUACAGUGCGGGAGCUGGCUCCUCGUUGUGCGGUCACCUUCCUACAGUCGGAGGACGGGUCUGGCAAAGGUGCAGCUCUAGUCACCGCCGUUGCCUGUCGCCUGGCCCAGGAGGCCCAAGUCUGAGGAAGUCUCUGGGAACGACAGGACAAGGAUCUGCGGUUCAAGCUGUCCCUGAGCCAGCCCACCCGGGACUCCCAGACAAGCCUGUGUGUGUGACCAUCUGCCCCUUGUGCCCUGACUUUUUUUC